AUGUCUUCAAGUAUAUUAACCACCAUAGUCAUUCCUGCCUAUAAAGAAGCAGCCAAUUUGAAAGAAUUGGUUACCCGAAUUUAUAACGCCAUGGGAGAACGAGGAAAGAAAUCAGCCUCGCUUGGUAUGAGUCGGGAACGUACCGAAGUCAUUGUUGUGGAUGAUAAUUCAAAAGACGGAAGUGAAGAGAUCAUCAAUGAUUUAGCAAAAGAUUCAACGAAUUUUCCAAAUUUAAGAAUUAUUGUUCGUACCAAUGAAAAGGGACUGAGUAGUGCAGUGUUGAGAGGAUUCAACGAAGCAAAAGGCGAUUAUUUAAUGUGUAUGGAUGCCGAUUUGCAACAUCCACCUGAAGAUGUGCCCAUCAUGUUUGAAUAUUUAUUGAAAGAAGGAACACAGGUUCCAGAAUUUGUUCUCGGAACUCGAUACGGCAGUGGUGAGAUGAGAGUGGAUAGUAAUUGGCCAUUAUAUCGUCGAGUGAUUUCAAAAGGAGCCCGAUCGUUGGCACGUCCUUUAACACCACUCUCAGAUCCCAUGUCUGGAUUCUUUGCAUUACCAAAAACGGUCUAUCAAAGAGCUAUUCAAAAUAAGGUGAAUCCUAUUGGAUUUAAGAUUGCUCUUGAAUUGUUUGUUAAGGCAGGCGUGAAGAGACAUGCCGAGCAUGCAUUUGCAUUUGGUGUGAGACUUCAUGGUUACAGUAAGCUUUCCUCAAAGGUCAUUAUUCACUACUUGCAACAUUUAUAUGAUUUGUAUCAGUAUAGAUAUCCUUUCAUGUUGCAUUUGGUGGCAUUGUUUUUAAUUUUGUUGGCCAUCUUUGUGUUUUCUAGAUUAUUCUCCAAAAAGUAA